UGUGUGUGUGUGUGUGUGUGUGUGUGUAGGUCCCAAGGCGAGUGUGUGUCAAUCAUGCCGCUGUUCGGUAAAUCCCACAAGAGUCCGGCGGACAUCGUCAGGACCCUGAAGGAAAACCUGGCCAUCCUGGUCAAACAGGAUAAGAAGACAGACAAGGCGUCCGAGGAGGUGUCCAAGUGUUUGGUGUCCAUGAAGGAGAUUCUGUACGGCAGCAACGACAAGGAGCCUCACACUGAGACGGUGGCCCAGCUGGCCCAGGAGCUGUACAACAGCGGCCUGCUGCUGUCUCUGGUAGAAAACCUGCAGGUCAUAGACUUCGAGGGGAAGAAGGAUGUGUGUCAGAUCUUCAACAACAUCUUGAGGAGGCAGAUCGGGACGAGGAGCCCCACUGUCGAAUAUUUCUGUUCCCACCAAGAGGUCCUCUUUAUACUGCUGAAAGGGUACGAGACGCCCCAGGUAGCAUUGAAUUGUGGGAUCAUGUUAAGGGAGUGCAUCCGCCACGAGCCCCUGGCCAGGAUAGUCCUUCAGUCGGAGCAUUUCCACAGUUUCUUCAACUACGUGGAGAUGUCCACCUUCGACAUCGCCUCCGACGCCUUCGCCACCUUCAAGGAUCUCCUGACAAGACACAAAGUGCUCGUGGCUGAAUAUCUCGAACAGAACUAUGAUGCCGUGUUUGCAGACUACGAGAAGCUACUGCACUCUGAGAACUACGUCACCAAGAGGCAGUCUCUAAAGCUCCUGGGCGAGCUGCUACUGGACAGACAUAACUUCACGGUGAUGACACGCUACAUCAGCAAGCCUGAGAAUCUCAAGCUGAUGAUGAAUCUGCUACGAGACAAAAGCCCAAACAUCCAGUUUGAGGCCUUCCAUGUCUUCAAGGUUUUUGUAGCGAACCCCAACAAGACGCAGCCCAUCAUCGACAUCCUGCUCAAGAACCAGACCAAACUCAUCGACUUCCUGAGCAACUUCCAGAAGGAUCGCACGGACGACGAGCAGUUCAACGACGAGAAGACCUACCUAAUCAAACAGAUCCGGGAUCUGAAGAAGCCGGCCUCCUAGAGAACAUCCGUCGCCGCCCUUCACCCCGACUUUUUAUCAAUAGGAAGACAUACAGUAGAAAACAAACACAUUAACAAUACCGGUUACUCUAUUUCAAAUAAAUCUUCAACAUGUUUUCUCUUCGUUGGUUCAUACAAAACUUGUGCAACAGUAGUUCUCAAUCACUGAUCUUUCUUUUGUAAAUUUUUUUUUCCAUCUGUAGCAUGUAGUGCCACAACUCACCGUGUUGGAGGCGGAUGAUUUGCUCUGUUGGGAGAACCAGCGGUUAAAAAAAAGCUUCGGGACAGUGCAGACGUGACCUUUUUUUGUAAGUAAUUGUUUCAAUGAAGUAGCUGCAAAUCAAAAACAAAAAAUAUGAAGAAUUUCUGCUUCUUUUUCUUUUAAAGCUCGGUCAACGUGUCUGGUAAAAACACAUCCUCAGUCACUGCUGAGAGCUUUGUUUGCCAAAUGACAACAGUAAUUCCCUUCUGCUCGCCAAACGUCUUCUUAUUGGACCGCCAAAGCCAACGAUUGCUCAAGUUUUCCCUCUCUGAAGCUAAAACGCGUCAUCAGAAUUAAACACUAACAGAUUCUAGCUGAAGCAGCUCUCUAACACUGUAUAUAAAGGCUGAUUUGUCUGCUGUGAUAGAAGAUCAUAAAGAUUUAGCACACUCUUGUCCGCAAGACAAAUUAGACUGAGUCAUGGGAACCAGUUUCAGCCAGGAGAAGAAAAAAACAAAGUGAAAAACUUCAACUUGUGAUCCUGUUAGAAAAAAAGACUAUUAAAGACUAAAAAAAAGACUAUUAUAAUAAUGAGAAAUGAAUUAUCUCAAAGCAAUGACUUGGUAUCCUAAAAUUAGGACUUACUAUCUCAAAAGUAUGAAUUUUUAUAUCUUGAAAUAAUGACUCGGCAUCUAAAAAUUACAACUUAGUAUUGUAAUGUAAUAUUGUAAUGACUAUCUUGAAAUUAUGAAUGAGUAUCUCAAAAUUGACUCUGUGUCUCUAAAGCGUGACUUACUAUUUAGAAAUUUGACUUAGUAUCGGGGAAAAAAAGAUGACUGUAUCCCAAAAUUAUGACUUACUAUCUCAAAAUUAUGAAUUAGUAUCUCAAAGUUGACUUACUGCUCAAAAUUAUGACUUACUAUCGCGAAAUUAUGACUCAUAUCUCAAAAUUAUGACUUACUAACUCAAAAUAUGACUAAGUAUCUUAAAAUGAUGACUUAGUAUCUCAAAAUUAUGACUUAUUAUCUCAAAAUAUGACUGAAUAUCUCAAAAUGAUGACGUAAUAUGUCAAAAUAUGACUUAAUAUCUCAAAACUUUGAGUAGUAUCUUAAAGUAAUGACUUUGUGUCUCGAAAUGAUGACUUACUAUCUCAAAUUAUGACUUACUAUCUCAAAAUGAUGGCUUAAUAUCUCAAUAUUAUGACUUGGCAUGUGAAAAAUGAUGACUUAUUAUCUCAAAACUUUGAGUAGCAUCUUAAAGUAAUGACUUAGUGACUCAAAAUUAGGACUAAGUAUCUCAAAAUAACUUCUUAUCUCAAAACAAAUUGAAACUUUAUAUGUUACGAACUGACUUAGUAAUGACUGACAGGAUAUUUAUUUCCAUCACAUUGGUGUAAAUGAGCUUCCAAAGUGAAUAACGGUGUUUUAGAGAGCUGGUUUUAGUCUCUGUUGACCAAAAAAUGGCGGAAAACAACAAAAACAGCAGUUGUAGGAGAUUUGUGCGACUCGUGUGUGAAUAAUGAAGGGCCUUGUUAAUGGACCAUUCUGCUAUCGGUACAGUAAGCUUCAAUCAUUUUGAUCACUGGUUCUCUUCGCUGGUGGCUGAUAGCACUUUCUGUAUGAUAAAAAAAAAUAAUAAUAUGAUGACUUGUUUUUGUUCAUCUUAAGCUGAUCACUGUUUUCACACUUGCUUGAGGGUAAUUUUUUUUUAUAUAUAGUUUAAUUUCUUUUCAUGUACAGUUUCCGGUUCGUACACCUGAAGUGAGUGCCGCUGUGAGUGAGAACAUUGAACAUUAACAGGACGCACUUUGCUGUGUGGAGGAGAGAGGAGAGCAGCUGUUUGUGUUUGGCUUUCACUCCCUUUUCUUUCUGUACUGUAACAAAGUGUUUUUGCUCUGAUUUGAUGUCGGUGAGAAGAUUCAGAGGUGCCUUUUUGGUUUGAUGUGUUUUCCCUUCUUUUUGUAUUUUCAGUAUCUUUCUAGGGGGAGCUUAAUUAUUAUGUUAAUGAGAAUAUGCUCUGGAUAGAACAUAUUUGUUGUGAUUAAGCAGUGAACCUCUUAACUCACUAUAUUUGAGUUACGCUGUCAAAGAAACAUUUUAAACUUUUUUUUUUUGCAGCUGAUUGGUUGCCAUUGUGUGAGGACCAGGGUCCCAGUUUGAGUCAGAGUGGCGCUGAUUAUCAGGAAAGGCCAAAGUUGUAACUGUGAAAAUCCACUUUAAUUAAAGGACCAUAAAAUGUGCUAAUAAUACUUUUAAAGUGCUGUUUCCUUUUUAUAUUUGACUCCGAAAUUAAUGAGUGUUAGAACAUUUUUGAAUUUCUUUCCCAAUCGGUAUUUGAUGUGCAUUGAUUGGAGCUCCCACGGAAGUUUUAUGUUAAUAUAAUCUUGAUGAAUGACUUAAAUUAAACAGUUUCAAAGUCAAUUUAAAGGCAGUAGCAGAGACAUUCAUCAACCUGUGAAUUGCCAUUCUGCUUCCUCGUAUCAGGUUCAUAUUUUGUCUUCUGGGUUAGAAAUAAAAACACCAGCUUGUGUUUUUUUUAGCUGUGACAUAGCAUACUGUAUCGUAAUAUAACAUGAGGUGCAAAAGUAGACAAACUAGCUUUACAUCAGACUUUUAUUUCCAAACUAAAACAAAGAGCAACUUUGGUCCCGGCUGGAUUAUCUUCCCAGUGUCCUCUCUCUCUGAAAGCAGCCACCUUAUAUUCCACAUUGAUGCUAUUGUACCACAUUCACAGCAAAUUAAAGGAUGGGAAUGCAA